AUGGGGGACGAUCCGGGGAGGCUUUAUCGUUUGGAUGGAGUUGCUCAUAUCGCCGGGGUGAUCAACGACGAGCUUCGUCGUUGCAUAUUCAGCGUUAGGCGGCAGCAGGGGAUGCGUCUUGAUGAGAGGUACGUUCCGUACUUGCAGAUGGCCGGAUUGUACCAUCUUGCGAGACUGAACGACAGACGGUUCCGACUAGACGAGCCCCUAGUCAGCGCAUUCGUCGAGAGGUGGCGGCCUGAGAUGCACACCUUCCACAUGCCGUUCGGAGAGUGCACCAUCACGUUUCAGGACGUCGCAUACCAUCUGGGGUUGCCAGUGGACGAACAUUACGUCAGUGGUUGCCUGGCAGACUUCCACCUGUACAUUGAGGGUGGGAGGCCAGCUUGGCAGUGGUUCCAUGAGUUGCUCGGUGUUUUACCUCCCGAGAACCAGGUUCAGAAAUUCGCAGUCAACUGCACCUGGUUCCAGGAGACCUUUGGAGAGUGUCCCGACGGGGCUGAUGAGGAGACAGUUAGGCGCUUUGCCCGUGCCUAUAUCAUGAUGUUAUUGGGCACGCAGCUGUUUGCCGACAAAUCCGGCAAUCGUAUACACAUCAGAUGGCUACCCUAUGUUGCUCGGCUUGAGGAGAUAGCUGACUACAGUUGGGGGUCGGCGGCACUAGCAUGGUUGUACCGAUGGUCUGGUUACAAUCUUGGGAUUAGCAACAAGGAACCUCAGGUACAGAUGGCUCGCCUGAAGAUCGACUUGUUACAGCCUCGAGAUUUCAUAUGGAUGCCCUAUAACGCACUCGACGUCAUCCAGGUUGUCCAUCCAGAGGUCUUGGAGCCGCGGCAUACGAUGUUAUGGCGGUGUGUGACGUCCCUGAUUUAUUUUGCGGUGGUCGAGUGGCAUCAAGUUGAUAGAGUUUUACCGCAGUUUGGCGGCAUUCAGCCCCACCGCAUCCCGCCCUGA